AUGAUAGACCCAAGUUCGUUACCAACAACAUGGGAAGUGGAUAGUGCCGAUUUUGAUGAAGAUGCUUCGGUUUCCUCCAAUUCUGAAAUUGUCGUGGAAAUCAAGAAAUCACCCAUGUCAAAUCGUCGAAAGACCCGCAUCACCUUUACCACCAACGAAAUGAAAGAGGGCUUACGUCAAUCAAGAGCAGUAAUUGCGAGCUUCACCGAGAUCACUAAAUUUGAAGAUAGUGACGAGGAAAUGAAGAAAAAUUGGAUGCAGGUAUUCAACGACAAUAUUAUGCAACGCGAAGAGAUUAAUAAGAGACAAUUCUCCGAGAACGUUUGGAGACAACUGGUGCUGUUACAAGAUGUCAAAGGAAUGCUGCUUCUUCAUCACGCCUGUCGACGGAAGGCAUCGCCAGCGACAAUAAAAUGGCUCAAAGGAGAUGACAACGACACACUCACUUUAAGUCAUGCCAGUCAUGAUGGCAGUCUGCCGAUUCAUGCUGCCUGUCGAGCCAUUGCUCCGUUUGAGGUUGUCAAAAUGGUCAUGAAGGAUUCGGAUAAAAGAAGCUACCUUAAUUUUCGCGAUGGAGCGGGUCACUUGCCUUUGGAUCUUAUCGGAAAAGGAGAACCGACUGGAGAGAAGAAAGGUCAUCUUGGUUCUUCGCUUCGGCUGGAUGACAAUCCAAUCUUCGAUAGUUUUGCGGAAAAGAUGUUUGAGCACUUGAUCAACGACGCAACCUCCGAAGAAGAGGAAAUCUUCUUGGCCAUGGAUGCCAUGUGUAAUGCGUGCCCUGCCAAGAAAUUUCAGACGAUUGUUUGCAGCAACUUGAGGUCGAAUACCUGUAUCGAAUGGCUUACGUGGGCUUUCUGUCAACCGAAUGUGAUCCUUUACAUUAUGAGAGACUUUUAUUGUCAAUUGGCAGGGAUCAUAUUGAUAUUUUAUGCUUCUCACACGUACUUGCAGGGCCACACGGUUCACUAUGUGGUCUAUGCACUGUACGGGAUUGCUCUUGUCUUUCUCGUUCGAGAGAUUCGUCAGAUUCGGAGAUAUGUGAAAGCGAACAUCUUUACAGAUUAUCUCAAGGACCCUUGGAACUGGCUAGAUUGCUCUACAAUCCUUCUGGUAACAAUGUCUGCUGUCAUGUUGCAGAUAUCUGAUCCCAACAACAAUCCCAACGAUUACUUUACUCGACGACUUCUCAUGAUAACUGGAUCCUGCCAAGUUGCACACUUUGUUUCGUUUCUAAGAAAGGUCUUCCUUCCCUUUGCGACAUUUGUUGGGGGACUAGCAAAGGUUUUUGGGACCUUGGUCCCAUUCAUCGUAUGCACCGGGCUCGUAUUACUAGCUUUUGCCUUCAUGUACUACGUCCAAAACUUCAACAAUCCUGAGGCGCUGGGGGAGCUACCGUAUAAUGAUCUCUGGACAUCCUUUCAAUCUGUCCUCCUGAUGUUCUUGGACGCUCCCGAGUCUACAGAAACUAUGGUGGACGCUCUGUUUGGACUUAUCACAAGCAUCAUUCUCUUGAACGUAGUGAUUGCCAUUGUGAGUAUUGCCUGGGGCAGAUCUACAGAACAGGAAAUGACCCAACAGCUCUUUUGGGAGUAUCGUUUGGCUUUCGUUCAGGAUGUCACCCUUACUAAGAAUCCCGGCAAAAAGAAGAAGGGAAAAACGUCAAAGGCUACGAACAUUGUAAGCGAGCGCUUUGACAAGUCGAGGAGUAUCAGACAGGAACAAAUUGCGGACCCUUUCCACACUGUCCGGUACAAGCGGGUAUUACUUUAUACUGGAUACUUCUUCCAAUAUGUUGUCUACUUCGUUCUAGGAUUGUUCACCUUCGGACUAUGCUGGCCGGACAAAAUAAAGCGAGACAUCUUUGGCAUAAAAUUCCAAGAAGUAAAGUAUCUCAUGAAGCCUGAGAUCUAUGAGACGAGGAGAGUCCAUACAGCGGUUACGACGAAAAUGGCGGAGCUUGAUAGUAGGAUCAAGGAGCAGGCAGAUGACAAUCGCCAACUAAUGGAACAAAACAAAAGUCUUCACGAGAAGAUUGACCGAUUGGAAUCGUCUAUGGACAAGAUGAGUGAGAUUUUAUCGCAAAUAGAUGUCGCAUUGAAUCUGCAAAGUAAAUCAAGCCGACCUAUGAGAAUGCUGCCAUCUGGAGAAGUGCAAGUGGUCUCGAAUGGUGAUGCCGUCGAGGACGAAGGAAACGAUGACUCGUCGUCUAAACUGUCCUUGGAGCAGGAUCAAGUGCCAAGGAUAGCAUAA